GGUGUUGUCAAACUCAUAUCUCAACCACCGUCGACCACUCAACCUCAACCUCGACGGGAACGGCGAACGGGCGAACUCGACCGCCCCCCAGAUCCACUGGGCAUCGCGGGCGCCGAGCGCCGCAUACACUAGGAACCAGGCGGCCAGCACGUCGCCGUCGUCGCGCACGCCGCUCACGGCUGACGGCCCCGACCGACGACCCGGUGUCGGAAGAAUUUUUGAAUUGUUUUGGAAACAAGUUUACUGCUGGGAGAUAAUUGUGGAUUGUCGUUGAGAAGUGGAUUCAUUCGCCGGGGUUGAUUAUUGCUGUCAGACUGGAAGUGGCGUCGACGAAUGGUCACAACCACGAUGCGAGUCGCCACGCCUGCAAGCGGCCGCGUUCCAUCCCUUCAACCGCCACCGGAGAUCCACAGCAGCAUUUGGGAACGGCGCGGUAUUCAGUGAGGCGCUGUGCCGGGUGCGCCGCGCGUGAAAACAACGGCAAUUCGCCGGCGGACGCUCACGCCCCGGACGGGAAGACGGGGCAAGCGUGUCCUAAAUUUGAUCCCAGUUUAGGUUCAAAUAUUACAAUUCCUCGCAAAGGCAGCGCGUCGAGCGUGCAAAGCAGCAAAAGCAGCGGCGGCGGCGGCGGCGUGACGGCGCUGCGCAAUGCCUUCCGACGCUCAGUAACGCGCGGCGAAGCAGGUAGCACGAACAGCGGAGGCGGGGGGCGCGCCGCGACGCCAGCCGGCGCCGCUGCCGCCACCUCCUCGAUAAACACAGUCACACCGACGGCCCCGGUUGGCGGCGGCGGUGGUGGUGAGCGGCCGAUGGUGCGUGAACAUCGCGCGGAGCGCCAUCGGCGCACCGCCAGCGUCGUCUCCGGCCGCUCGUUCGAAACCGGCGAGGAUGCGGCCGCCGCGCUCGGACGAGCUACCCCACCGCCAAACAACGGCAACAAUGCCACAGCCUUCCCGAUGGACGUCGAUAACAUCGAGUUCAUUGAUCAGGACCCACCGGAAGAUUUCACGAAGAAAUCACGUGACACGCGUGACAAGAAAAGCCCAUCAUCGUCCUCAUCCACAUCACUCUCAUCAUCGAGUGGCAAUAGCGGUAAAAAGAAGAAAACCAUCACGAAGAAUACCAAAACCACGACGGAAACGAAAAAGACACGGUAUACUUUUAUGAAGAUCAACGAUGAGAACCCGGAAAAGGUGGAGAAACGUGAAACUAAAAGCGCUGGCAGUUCAUCGAGCAAACCGCGACAUAAAACAAAACAUUGCACUUCACUCGAGAAUGAACCGCGUGCGAAAACAGCCGAUAAACUGGAACUGGACAAACACGAGAAGAAAGCCCGCACACACUCCUGUUCUUCGAUAUCCUACGAAUUCAUCGAUAACCUGGCGGUGUUCCGCAAAAGCUUCGAUAGUGUACAAUUCGUCCGCGAAGAUUCACUAUCCCUGCUAAAGGGUGAAGACGCUCUGCGCGUGCAGGAUACAUCCGAGAAAGGCGUGCGCAGUUUUGCGGGUGCGUUUAUCAACGACAUCAUUGACUCCGCGAUGCGGUUAAUCACCUACAACCGCCUCAAAUGCAUUGAGUUGUCCGUGAGUGCGCAAAAACGCGCGCAUCCAUCAGGAAAACAAACGCUGAGACUGUUCCGGAUAAAGUGGACACCGAUUCUGGGUCGUCAAGGUGUGAUACGAGUAAUGUGGUGA